UUCUUCUGUGCCCAAAUCAGACUUCUAAACAACCUGCUUUUCACUGUGUUCAUUUCCUGUUAUUCUUUGCUGGCAAAAAAAUACUAGCUGUCUGUGCAUGUUGGAAUGAUGUCUUCAUCCAAAGCUAUUGCCCUGGAGCAAUGCGGAAGAAACAAAGGCUACAUGGAGAAAGACCUCAGCGGCGCUCACCCACAAGGAGGCUGCUGUUUGCUGGAAGGACCGGAAAGAAUAGAAUCUGCCGUUAAUAUGAAAAGCGUCUGCAAAAACAUAUCAUGGCCAGGGGUUCAUGUUAUUCAAUCCAGAGAUGCUGGGAGGUACCUCUGUGAGUAUGUCUACUAUAUCUCCCUGUACUGUGGAUCUGGGAAUGCCAUGUUCAUUCAUGUUCCACCACUAUGCAGAAUCAUAACUGCAAGACUACUAGGACAAGCCUUGCAAAUCAUCAUUCAAGAGGCGCUGAGACAGCAAAACUGUGACUGAUGAGAAAAGCUAAAUUAUGUAUUUUUAGUACAA